GGUAUCCGUAAGGCCUUCCAUGCAAGGCCGUCACCAUUUGACGCCUACUCUAGUCAUGCAACAGUGCACCUCUGGCGGCCAACUGCUCGUCGGCCGGCACGCGGAAACUGGAGUGCAUCAGUUGAUGCAGCAUCAACUCACAUGGCAGUCUCGUGAGUCCUCCAUGCCACACGCCUGGUUUUCGAAACUUGUUGCGCUUGACCUGCCUCAUUCUUCGAGUUGCUGUAUUCGGCGCAAGUAUUCGCAGUUGGUACCAUGGGGAAACGUUUUCCCAUCCCGAGAGAGGACCUGCCGAAGCUCCACGUGAGUCAGCAGGAACAUGACGAUGGCAAGGAACUCAUGACCACUCUGCUGGCGCACACGCUGCGCGAGUUCGAACACUUUGCCUACGACCGCAAAGGUGUCGUGGACUCCAAGCGUUGGAAGUCACAGUACUCGCACGACGACAUGAACAUAUACCGCGAACGCGACGUGGGCGUCACCAGUUAUCAGUUGAACAAGACGUUGCGUCACUGCAAAAUGAGAAGUCCAUUGUUUUCGUGUACGGAGGCGACACUGACACCGGCUACCGUCAUGUUAACCGGGUGGGGCCCCGGUCGGGUAGAAGACGCAAUGAGCGCCGUGGUCACCGAGGGUCAGCAGGAUCUGUCCCUGGUUGUCACCUACAUGCACCAGGACGUGGCCGACUGCGCUGUGGUACACACGAUGGAGCAUCCGAGUGACGACGCGCCGUACCAUUACAUGGGCUACAAGUACUUCGUCAAGAAAUCCCCGACCAACGCGGUGGUUGUCAAACACCGCGAUUCGCUGUACCUCGAGUACUGCGGCAUGACGCAGACCCGGACGGGCGAGACCGUGGGCUUCCACCUCAUGCAGUCCGUGGAUAUCGAUGAGUUCCCCGACCUAACGGGCCACAACUCGAUCCGCGCGUUGCAGAGCUCCCGGUAUCUCUACCGACAGAAGAGCGACCGGGUCGUUGAAGUCUUCAUGCUGGGCAAUAUGGACUUGUCCGGCAUGAUCGUCAAGCCUAUCGCCAGUAUAUUCUCGGCCGGCGCGCAGUUCGGCGUCACCCGGUUGCUUGACUUGGCAGAAGUGCGGCGACUCACUGACAUGGCGAGGAACCGCCGACGCUAUCGUGGCGAGUCCGACGUAGACCAGUCGUUCUCGCAGUAUUCAAGUGCGUCCACGUACGUGGCGGGCGACGGCUGUAACGUUUGCAACCGGGGUAAGCCAAGCAAGUUCGUAGCCUGUCACCUGUGUGGACACGGUGUUUGUCCGCGUUGCCGCUCCACGAAGCGAGUGUGGGCCAGCGACAGUCUCGGCAUCAUGGGUAGCUUUCGCAAGAUUCAGGCGUGUUCGAGGUGCGUCAUGCGCGCCAACACAGGCACGUACGAACCUCCAGUCGAGCGCGUGCGGUCAUUGAGAUCACAUCAAAGCAGCAGCAGUUCAAACACAAGCGAUAGCGAGCCCACUGCGGUCAAUGCCACGUCUAGUUUUGAGGGAAUGCUGUACACAGAGGCCAAUUCUACGAGGCGAAUUCACAGACGAAGGACGAAGACGCCCCCGGCACCUGGGACCCCGGUCAUGGGCCGAAGCUUCGUGCACCAGGGCACUACGACCUACCCGGAUGCUGCCGUAUCUUGCACGUCUCCAGAGUUCGAGGUGCCCAACCGACUGAAUCUCCGCCCACCACAGUCUUCGUCCGAGUCCCGGUCGUAUUCGGGAGUGACGAACCUGUCCAAGGUGAAGGAAUCGGGCUACUCGAAAUCGGUCGGCUCCAUCCCAGCAGAACCCAAGGCGAGCAGAAUGAAGAAGCAGACGUCCGACAGCGAGGUGCCGGACCAAUUGGCCAUGAUGGCGAGGCUUGAGGAGCUCAACAACAUGGCCGAGGCCACCUCUUACAAGACGCAAGUCAACGGGAUCUACCUCGCACAGCAGAUGCACCACCAGUUCAAGAUGCAGACGGCCGCCGACAGGAUGAAGUGAGCAAACGCCCGCCAACCAUCGUACGGACCGUGAUGUUGUGAAUAUAUUGAUAGGCGUUAGUGAUCUACAUGUACAUGUACAACGACUGCACUGCGUAUUGCAGAUGAUCGAGGCUAUUGUACGUACGCCGCCGCGCCAAAGCCGCGCGGCGUGGAACUGUCAAACGGAGCGGUGCGUGAUGUAGAAUGCUGGCAAAGACUUCGCG